CAGCGCCUUUGAAGCGUCCGACAGGACCAGAUAACAUCCACCUCGUAGGCGCCUACCUGGCGACAGUGCCUUGAUAACUAUAUGAGAAAUGAGCUGCCCAUGAAGAUUCUCACUUUACUCUGCUCGUAUCCCAAUGUUGCCUCGCCAGGAACAACUUUCCGUCGGCAGCGGAGCGCUUUGAAAAGCCCUUGGCACAGCAAGCACCGCCCCAGUGGGGCAGCUCCCGAGCUGAGCGAAUCCCAGCACCCCACCUACCCCGAGGCGUGGCGAUAGCGGAGCAGCCAGGUCGAUGAAUUUGCCGCCCACAAACCAGACUGCGGCUUCACCAAAAUACAACUUGCAACAGCCAAAAAUCACCGCGACGAAUUUCUCUCCCGAAACAGCCUCAAAAACCACCGCCAAAAUGCCCAGGGAAGUCGCCGACAUCAAGAAGUUCAUCGAGAUCUGCCGGAGGAAGGAUGCUUCCUCGGCGAGGAUCAAGAAGAACAAGAAGUCGAAUCAGGUCAAGUUCAAGGUCCGGUGCCAGACGCACCUGUACACCCUGAUCCUGAAGGACGCCGAGAAGGCCGAGAAGCUCAAGCAGAGCCUGCCUCCCAACCUGACUGUCAUCGAGGUUAGCAAGAAGGAGAAGAAGGCCAAGUCCUCAUAGAUGCGCGGUCUCUUUGUGGCUUGACUUGAUUUCUUGCGCUUGUGGGCUUUUCAACUGGGACUGUGGGACGGGAUUGACGAUGACGGACGCGUGUUACGCAUCGUGCCCUGGAGGAAGGGUGGUAUUCAUGAUCGGCGUCUGGGCAUACCUUGGAAUCCAGGACAACAAAAAAAAGAUCCAUUAACGUCUUGGGAGACCCCGUGCACUGUCGUAUACUGGCUUGUGGAGUUGGCUACUGUGAUGUGCUGUAGAUUGGCAUAUUUUCUUCUCC